GAGAAAGGGUUAACUGCGUGAAAAUGACACGCUGAAGGAGAGAGAGAGAGAGAGAGAGAGAAAAGCGUCUACACGCCCUGGGAUCAGCUCAGGCGCACCGGUGCGGUUUGUGUUGGUUCGCUCGCGCUGUCUGUCUGUGAAGUGAUGAGUCGCGCUCGCGCGAGCCGCUCACGAGCACGGCGUCCGUGAACGCGGCGGCUUCCUGGAUGAGAUAAAAGCGCGCGGCUGCGCUCGCUCUCCGUUUUGUUCUCACGCACUGGCUGAGCGCGAGCGUUGCGGUAUCCGCGCACAAGCUCGAGAGCCAGAGAGCGCGUGACAUCCAACCGCGAGAUGGUCCUGGGGUUGUUUCUGCUCCUGCCGCUGUGCCUCCAGCUGCUCGGCGUCACCGCCGGCUCGCGAAUAGAAUGUGAGCCGUCACAGUUCCAGUGUGGGAAUGGCCGCUGCAUCCCAUCCGUGUGGCAGUGUGACGGUGACGUGGACUGCACUGACGGGAGUGAUGAGAACACUUGUGUGAGGAAGACGUGUGCGGCGCAGGAUUUUGUCUGCCGCAACGGUCAGUGCCUCCCCAAGAGAUGGCACUGCGAUGGUGAACCUGACUGCGAAGACGGCUCAGAUGAGAGCGCAGAUGUGUGCCUCACCAGAAGCUGCCGUAUGAAUGAGUUCAGCUGUGGCACAGGCUCCACAUUGUGCAUUCCUGUCUCUUGGAAAUGUGACGGCGAGAGAGACUGUGACAACGGAGAAGACGAGACUAGCUGCGGUAAUAUUACCUGCUCUCCUCUGGAAUUUACCUGUGCCAGUGGCCGCUGUGUCUCGCAGAACUUUGUGUGUAAUGGUGAGGAUGACUGCGGUGAUGGUACUGAUGAAUUGGGCUGCGCUCCCUCCUCCUGCGGCCCAAACCAGUUCCAGUGUGGCAAUGCAUCAUGCAUUCCUAUUGGUUGGGUGUGUGACAAUGAUGUAGACUGUCAGGACCAAUCAGAUGAAUCGCCACUGCACUGUGGGAGGAACCCUACACCAUCCGUGAAAUGCUCAGCAAGCGAGAUACAGUGCGGCUCAGGAGAAUGUAUUCACCCCAAGUGGCGCUGCGAUGGAGAUGCUGACUGUAAAGAUGGCAGCGAUGAAAGAAACUGCCCUACUCGUGCUUGUCGCCCAGACCAAUUUAAGUGUGACGAUGGCAGCUGUAUCCAUGGCAGCCGGCAGUGCAAUGGUUUCCGAGACUGUGCCGAUGGCACGGAUGAAGACAACUGCAAAAACCUGACUCGGUGUAGCAGCCCAGACAAGUACAAGUGUCGGAGUGGAGAAUGUAUUGAGAUGAGCAAAGUCUGUAACAAGGUCCGUGACUGCAGUGACUGGAGCGACGAACCGAUAAAAGAAUGCAAUCUAAACGAGUGCCUUAUCAACAAUGGUGGAUGCUCACACCUGUGCCAUGACUUGGUGGUUGGCUAUGAAUGUGGCUGCACGCCUGGGUUGCAGCUCAUCGAUCAUAAAACCUGUGGGGACAUCAAUGAAUGUUUGAAUCCUGGAAUCUGUAGUCAGAUUUGCAUCAACCUGAAAGGAGGCUACAAAUGCGAGUGUCAUGAGGGUUAUCAGAUGAACUCCAGUACAGGAGUGUGUAAGGCAGUCGGCAAGGAACCUUGUCUGAUCUUCACAAACCGGAGAGACAUCCGGAAGCUGGGGCUAGAAAGACGUGAGUACACACAGAUUGUUGAGCAGCUGCGCAACACCGUGGCCUUGGACGUAGACUUCAGCCAUCAGAAAAUCUUCUGGGCAGACCUGGGACAGAAGGCCAUCUUCAGUACAGCACUGGAUAAGCCUGGAGAUGCGAGCAGCCACACCAAAGUGAUUGAUGUCCAAAUGCCUGUCGGGAUAGCAGUGGACUGGAUCUACAAGAACAUGUACUGGUCAGAUCUGCAUAGUAGGACGAUAGCCGUGGCUAACUUCAAUGGCACGAAGCAGAAAGUGUUGUUUGACAGGGACUUAAAGGAGCCUGCUUCAAUCGUGGUGGAUCCUCUCUCUGGGUUCCUUUACUGGUCGGACUGGGGUGAGCCAGCAAGGAUUGAGAAGUCUGGAAUGAAUGGGGUAGACAGACAGGUCCUGGUUGAGACGGACAUUCAGUGGCCCAAUGGUAUUGCCCUUGAUCUGAUCAAAAGCAGGCUUUACUGGGUGGAUUCCAAGCUGCACACACUGUGUAGUGUGGAUCUAAAUGGAGAUAACCGGAAAAAAAUCCUGCAGUCCCAUAACUACCUGGCUCACCCCUUUGCCCUCACGGUGUUUGAGGAUCGAGUUUUCUGGACAGAUGGUGAGAGUGAGGCUAUUUAUGGGGCAAACAAGUUUACAGGAUCAGAUGUGACUAUGCUGGCCAACAACCUGAAUCAACCACAGGACAUUAUUGUCUACCAUGAACUCGUACAACUGUCUGGCACCAACUGGUGCAACGAGAAGGUAGAAAAUGGAGGUUGUUCCUACAUGUGCCUGCCAGCACCUCAAAUCAACAAACACUCCCCCAAGUAUACGUGUGUGUGUCCUGAAGGUCAGGAGCUGGCUUCAGAUGGCUUGCAGUGUAGACCAGUGGCAUCUACAGCUGUUCUACAAGAUGAAGGGCGGGUGUUCGUACACCCCACACAUCCUCCAGAGAGAAAUCUCAGCACCUCCAUGCAUGAAGUGAAAACAGCCAAAGGAUCAGCUGCAGCCUGGGCAGCUUUGCCAGUGUUGUUGCUGGCCAUGCUGGCAGUUGGGGGUUAUAUAAUGUGGCGGAAUUGGCAGACGAAGAAUAAAAAGAGCAUGAAUUUUGACAAUCCGGUGUAUCUGAAGACUACAGAAGAAGAUCUCAACAUCGACAUCAGCAGACAAACUGCCUCAGUUGGUCACACGUAUCCUGCUAUUUCUAUAGUCAACACAGAAGAUGACUUGCCAUAACAGGCCUCUAAACUGCUCCUAUUUAUGAACUGUCCACGUGACACUUGCCAAACACUGCUGUUCCAGCAGGCUGACAGUCAGAUGCCUUCCGAAGUGCAUUUCUCUAUUGUUUUUUCUUAGGGGUGGUGUGUGUGUCUCCUUUGUGUGUGUGAAAUACAAUGAUUUACUUGUUUCCUUCUCUUAAUAAACAUGCCCAAAGCACUACAUAACUAAGGAUGUAAGCUCUAUAAAAGGAGUGCUGUUGGUACAUUUUUGUAAAAACAAAACUGUAAAUAUCCCCAACUUAGAGUAAUCAGGAUUCUCCAAGCACUUUGGUCAAAUGGUCAUGUGUAAAUAAGAUUGUAUACAAUUGACCAACAACUUUGCUAUGGUGGGGUAUAGGACCAGGGUAGAUUAAAAUGUAUUUAAGAGGUUUGUUAACUAUUUUGUAUGUCCGUGCUGUUCCUGUUACCUUUUUAUAGCAUUGUACAGGAAGGAGUAAAUGAUCUGCAUCAAGGAAAUUUGCAAAUACUUAAAAUAAAAGGAAAUGGUGGU